CUGGCACAGCAUGCUGGCGGCGGUAGGGUGUCUUCUGCGCCCAAACUUGGGGCGAUUCCUCCGCUGCGCCCCGGGGAUGCGGCCAGCAGCUGCGGGGGGCACAGUCUUUCCUCUCUCCCCUGCGACUCUAUCACGCUACAAAAGUGGCGGGACCCCCAGCGGCUCUGGGCCCCAGAGUCCGGGGAAGGUUCACCGAGUCCCGGCCGAGCUCAAGCCUUCGCAAUUUGACAAAAAAAUUCUGCUGUGGACCGGACGUUUCAAAGCCAUGGAGGACAUCCCGCUUCGGGUCCCGCCAGAAAUGAUAGAUGCUGCAAGAAACAAAGCUCGGGUGAAAGCUUGUUACAUAAUGAUUGGACUCACCAUUAUUGCCUGCUUUGCAGUGAUAGCUUCAGCCAAAAGAGCUGUAGAACGACAUGAAUCCUUAACAAGCUGGAACCUGGCAAAGAAAGCUAAGUGGCGUGAAGAAGCUGCAAUUGCUGCACAGGCUAAGGCUAAAUGA